AUGAAGGCCUCCCCCCUCCGCCUCCCGGCCCUUAUUGUCGGUCUCGCUUACAUCCAACUGCUCGGCCUGUCCGCCUUGGUGCCGCCAGCAGCCGCCAAGGGUCAGUGCAAGCCGUACGAGUGGGUCCGUCCGGGCAGCGGCUCGACGCUCGACAUGGUCGACGAAGCAUCAGCAGCAGCAGAUGACGAUGGCGAUGACUCCCCACCCAAGGCCGGCGAGGUCAACUGUCGACAAAACGCCACCUCACCUGCCGACGUCAACUACUACACGUGCAAGCAGAUGGCGGACGACCACGACAUUGACGUCGAGACAUUUUUUCUCAUUAACCCGGCGCUCAAGAGGGACUGCAGUGACAUUCAGCCCAAGACAAAGUACUGCGUGAGCGGCUUUAUCGAGCCCUUGAGAGCCUACGACGGCAAAUGCGGUCCCCCCAACCGCAACGCGACCUGUCUCGGCACGCCGAAGCAGUGCUGCAACUCGGAGACGUUUACCUGCGGCGACGACUACGACGUCGACUGCGCCCCGGGCAUCUGCUGGGAGGGCGCCUGCCCCGGCGACAAGACCUGGAGCACCGACGGCACCUGCGGCGAGGAGCACGGCUACUGGCUGUGCGCCGGGAAAUGGGGCGACUGCUGCAACCUCGACGGCAAGUGCGGCACGGGCGCCGCGUUCUGCGGCGCGGACGUCUGCCAGUUCGGCAACUGCACCAACAAGCCGGACGACACUCCCGGCACGGGCGGCGGCGGAGGAAGCCUCCCGUGGCAGAUGGGCAACACGACGGACGGGAGCUGCGGCGGGCCCAAGGCCUACACGUGCGACGUUACCUAUGGGAACUGUUGCAACAGGGACGGGCGCUGCGGAUCGCUGCCCCAGGACUGCGGCGAUGGGUGCCAGCCUCUGUUUGGCAAGUGUGACACGCAGGCCAAGUGA